AUGUUUACACUUGGGGCCGCGGAUUUGAAGGCCAAACAGGGCAUGCACCUCUCAACAACGACACAUCAACGGUUGGUUAAAUCCGUGCAUCGUCGAAUGUUGUACAAAAUUACUCCGCAGGUUGAUGAUCUAGAGACUCAAGGCCUGGGCAUACACCUGUUGCCAAAGCUCGUAGUCUCCCUUGCAUCCCAAUUAAGCACGCGAGAUCCAGCAAUGCUAGUCGCCUGCGGUCAGAAUUUCACCAUCGUCGUGACAGCUGCAGGUGUACCAUGGGCAUGGGGUGAAGGACGAUGUGGGGAAUUAGGGAUCGGUAAAUGUACGGCAUCACAACGCACCCCAACGCGUGUUUGCUGGCCUAAUGACGCGAGCUCCUGCUGCAACAUAUCGUGUGGCUGGGCACAUGUACUCGCCACUGAUACCGCUGGAGCGUUGUGGGGUUUCAACCGCUUUGGACAGCUCGGCCUCGGGCUUAAAUGUAGUGUGCAAAAUUUUGAUUUCCAAGACGAGCGCGGGUCGAACAAAUGCAACUCUGACAUGUUACUCAAACCUGUACCAGUAUCACUUUUUCCAGGCCGCGUGAAAUUGAUCGAGACAGCCGCAAAUUCAUCUGCUGCACUUCGCGAUGAGGAUGGUAUGCUCUUCUGUUGGGGGUCCGGAGAGUCAGCUAGGCUGGGUCACGGCCCGGUACAAGCUGAGGAGAACGAAUCUAUGGAGAUUGCGCCCGUGGAAUAUCCACGAGCAGUACAAGGAAUGCGUGGUAGAGUCAUUUCGAGCAUUGCACUCACAGAGGACGGCGGGUUUGCUUUUGUACCGUCUUCUGUCAGUCUCGUGGAACCACCGCUGCUACCCAUAUCGGGCGGCGCAAAAUUGAUUCUGCGCGGGGGGGGAUUUUGGGAUUCGAGCGACUGUGUUGUGAAAUUUAUUCCUGUGAGAAACGAUGGGUGCUUUGGUGCGGACAUGCACUCGAAUCUGCCACGGUCCUCUGUAGGAAAAUAUAUUCCACCGGGAGCCGAAUUUGCUAGUAGCGAUGAUAAGCCUGGUGUCUUGUGCAAACUUCCCCGCUUUUCUGUUCCCUGCGAUGCGUUUGUCGAGGUGGCGAUGAACGGCAAGGAUUUUACUCGCAAUCGAGUGCGAGUGACUCUCUAUCAGGAACCUGUGCUUGAUACAAUCGAACCAGUCUGCUGUAACUGCGUUUCCACUACUAAUUUAGCAGUCUCGGGAACGCACCUUUUUGAAUCUGGCUUAAUCAAAGUGCGAUUCAAAGAACGGGGUAACUCUGGACGAGAGUGGAUGGCACCUGCCUCGUUUUCUCCCCACGCCAGCCUCAGUGUGCAUCAUAUAGACAUAGAACCGCAGCCGCGAAUGAACGGCGAUGGCACCAUCACCUGCAUGAGUCCUCGAGUUGAUGCUGGCGAGUUUCCUGUUGAAACACGCGUGUCUGUGGCUCUAAAUGGCCAUGAUUUCAUAAAUUUGCAUAAAGUUGUUUUCGUCAUCCACGAUGCAGCUUUGACCGGCUUAGUCCCUGAUUGUCGCCAGUCGGUAGUGUCUCCCGAAGAUAGCGCCAAAAACUUGCUUUCCCGUGUCGUAAAAAUACAGGGCCAAUCCUUUUUCGAUUCAAGCAAAAUGCUAGUGAGGCUACGAGUCGAACUUGAUAGAGAAGAGAUAAUUUGCCGCUGCGAUGCAAACUACUUAAGUCGGGAUGCCAUCACGUUCAUUCCACCCUCUCUCAUGGAACUUGUUGCAAUAAAAAACGGACCUAAAUUGUCCAGCGAGAGCGACGGUGAUGUUACGGAUGAAGACGUAAACCCAGGACCAAAUUUACUCGAAAAAAAAGCGUGGUUCUGCAAAGCCCUACAUCCGGCCCAUCGGCAGGAGGAUCGCGCUUACUCUUCCGGCUUCCGUCGUGGUUCGCACCCAAUGAAUUGUUUUGAUUUAGAAUCAAAUUCAAUAUCUCAACAUUCUUGCAUGAAUAGUAUCGUGCUCGACACGACCACAGAAAAUAGCAACAUGGCAAUUGAGUCAGAUAGACAAGAGCUUGAUGCAAAUGUCUCCCAUUCAAGCCUGGUGCAAGAUGCUCCUGCCAUUAGACACGCUGAAAUGGGCCUGUACCUUGCGUUAGACGGCGAAAAUUUCAGUCAAAUGUGCAAAACAAAUUUCACUUACUAUGCAACACCAAGGGUCCAUUAUCUCAACGUGAGUGGGGACACUGGGGAAGAUGCUCCUGUUGUGAAACCAGGGAUGGAAGUUAGCGUCUACGGCGCGCAUUUUUUUAAUUCAGAUUCUCUGAAGGUGCAGCUGGCAUACACUGGAGUCGAAUCGGGUGAAACGGAAUACACCCAUGUUGACGCUGUGUGUAGUAGUGGUGUAGUCAAGUUCACCACACCCAAGCUAUCGACAGAGGCCGGCGAACAUCACGAGCAUCAUGCAUCACCACAGGGGCAGCGAGGAAAUGAACUCGAUGGGGGUGUCGAUGAUACUGUGCAAGAUCAAUUAAGGGUGGUUGUCGAGGUGACUUUCAAUGGCGUUGAUUUUUCUCUCGACGGCUGUUCCUUUGCGUACCAGCACGAUUGA